AGUUUUGUUUGUUUUUCCUUAGCAAUAUAUAUUUUAUUUGAUUUUCUUUCUCUUUAAUUUGUUUGUGAGCUUGAAGCAUGUUUAAUUUCGAUUCGCAGCCCUCACUGGAGGACCACCUGCUGCUCAAACAGUUCAGCGAAAUGGAGCAACAAUACGAACUCAUAAUGCCAAUUGAUGGUGAAUAUGAUCCGACCUGGUGCCGCGACACCUUUCUACGUCAACUGUUUGCCGAACUUGAGUUAGACGAAACGAGCACAAGUUCGAGUGCAGAUGCCUCGAACCAAUCAGUUCUCAGCGAUGAUAGCCAACUAUCACUAGACACCUUCCUGGAAAAGUUAAAUCCGAUCCGAUCGCUGGAUGACAUCAAAGUGGAUGGUGACAUCAAAUCUCAAACUGACACACCAAGUGUUCUAAUGGGUCCAACUAAAGCACGAUAUGACAAGCUGCUGGAAUCAAUGAAGCGCUCCUCGAUUUACUUUGUGUUCGCUCGAGCGAUCCGGCGACUCCGCAUCUUGCAGAGUAUCUCUCUCGACUUUGGUGGUAUAAGUCUCAGCGAUUUGCCGCACAAGAUAUUCGAGUGGUCCAUGGAUGGGCUCUUCAGUCGCGCCAAGCUGGCCGACGAUGUGUAUAUUGAUGUGUUGAUCCGGAAAUACAGCUGGGAUGAGCUGAAUCAGGCCAAGUAUAGCACAGAUCUGCUGGAGAUAUUGCGAAACUAUAAAUACUUUUACACUGUGGCAUAUGAAACUAAUACCAAUGAGAAGAUGCUGGACACAAUUUGGGAUCAGCAGAAGCUGUUGCAAAUUGGCGAGCAGCUCGACAACAAUCUGCAAAUCUCAAUUGAAGAGUUAUACAACAUCCAGGAGCGGAAGCGGCAGUUCAGCGUUGAGUGGCGUAGCCGAUACGAACGGAAUAUGGUCAGGAAUUGCAAGCGUCACACCAUGGAGGCUACACUCCGUAUGCCCAUUGAGUGGCGAUAUGUGCGCGACUACUAUGCCAGCCUGGUGGAGAUGCAGUGUUUGAAGGACAACCAGUCCGUGCUCAAAAUACAGGAGCAAAUCGAGGAGCUUAAGGACAUGAUUGAAAAAGACAAUUAUGCUACGCACGUUGACCUCUUUGUGAACCACAUUCUUAUCGAGAAAUAUGAAGCUCGCAUCAUUGAAUACUCUAUUAAGUUAACUAAUGAAUUGGAUCACUGGGACGUUCAGAUAGGCCUCGCCAAAAAUCGCCUGAAUAAGGCCCAGCAGCAACAGAGAGAGUUACAGGAGAAAAUAGACUUUAUGCGUCGAGGCAUUGCGGAAGUUCGGGAUCUGAUCAAGGCAGACGCACAGGCCAAAGAUCAGCAAUUUGCUUACUCGAAACAUCGGUGUUUUCAUAAGAAAAUGAAAGCCACAUUAUCCAGAUCUCGUAGACUGAAAUCACAUAAGCCUCGAAAUAUGACAUUUCCGAAAACUAUUCCUAAUCAGGAAGCUUUUAGAGGAGCUAGCUGAUUAAAAAUAGUUUUCUUUGGAAAAGUUACCAGUUACGAAGCUUUUGCCUUGCAUAAAUAAUUGGCGACGAAGUCAUUUCAAAAGUUUACUGGAUAUUAAGGAGAUUUCAAAUAUCUUCCAGAACGGAUAGUGGACUUAAAGUUUCUCAGAAUGAAUUGAAAAUAGUUGUCAAUAGAGCUUUGAUGACUUAUGCCAAACAACGAAAAUAAACUUGAGCUUACAACUUAA